AAAGAAAAUUGCCUGAACCGUACAUCGCGUUUUCGUUUCCAAUGUGCUGCUGCGAAAAAAAUAAAAUCUAUAAUUUUUGCGAAAAUCCCCCCAUUUCUGGGAUAGAAUUGACGUGAGUGUUGAAAUUGCCUCUACGUCAGUAGUGGCUAAUACAAGCAUAAGUGAAAUAUCAAGGUAAAUAUCGCAGGAAUCAAGCGCCACACGGUGGAAAUGAGUGUAGACACCUACGAUGGUGCGGUUGGAUCCCAAACGUUGACUUUCCUGGACACCGAGGAAAACGAUCUUAUUGGUGCGGAUACCCAGGGAACGGAUUUCGACUUCCGGGACUUCACCAUCCCGUCGCAGAGUCAAACGUUAGCAUCCCAACUGGAUCAUCUGGGAGGUGCUAGUGGCUCCGGUAGUCAGCUCAACGGAUUCGGCCGCCGUCUCGGGUCGGAUGCAUCGAAAAUCGCCGGCAUCACUUCGGGCAUCAGCGAGCUCCAGUUCGAGGAGGACGAAGACGAUGCUGUCGUUGCGAGUCAGGACUUGCCGACACACGCCUGCCGCUACUGUGGCAUUCACGAACCCAGCACGGUGGUGAUGUGCAACAUUUGCAAGAAAUGGUUUUGCAACGGCCGUGGAAGUACCUCCGGGUCGCACAUCGUCAACCAUUUGGUACGCGCAAAGCAUCGGGAAGUGACAUUGCACGGCGAUGGCCCGCUUGGCGAAACCGUAUUGGAGUGUUACUCGUGCGGUGUCCGGAACGUAUUUGUUCUUGGCUUCAUCCCGGCGAAAGCGGACUCGGUUGUUGUGCUACUGUGCAGACAACCGUGUGCGGCCCAGAACUCGAUCAAGGACAUGAACUGGGAUCAGGAGCAGUGGAAACCACUGAUCGCCGAUCGGUGCUUUCUGUUUUGGCUAGUUAAAGUCCCCACCGAACAAGAACAAAUGCGAGCACGUCAGGUCUCCGCAGCGCAGAUCAACAAGUUGGAAGAAUUGUGGAAAGAGAAUGUUGAUGCCACUUUUCAGGACCUAGAGAAACCUGGCAUUGAUAAGGAACCUUCACCCGUUCUGUUCCGUUACGUCGAUGGUUACCAGUAUCAGAACAUUUUUGGUCCGCUGGUAAAAUUGGAAGCGGACUAUGACAAACGUCUGAAGGAAAGCCAAACACAAGAGAACAUUGAAAUACGCUGGGACACUGGUUUGAACAAAAAAACGAUCGCCUAUUUCACUCUUGCCAAGAACGACGGAGAUAUGAAGUUGAUGCACGGAGAUGAACUGCGAUUGCGCUACACUGGUGAAUUGCAUAAGCCGUGGAGUUGCAUUGGGCAUGUUAUCAAGGUUCCGGACAAUUAUGGCGAGGACGUUGGUCUAGAACUGAAACAUAACCACCAGGCUCCGAUCGAAUGCACUUUGCACUUUGCAGUUGAUUUCAUAUGGAAGGGAACUUCCUUCGAUCGUAUGCAGAUGGCUCUGCGAAAGUUUGCCGUGGAUGACAACAGCGUAUCGAAUUACAUCUAUUCACGAUUGCUAGGCCAUGGUCGUCAGGACGGUUCCGAUGACGUUACUUUUCGCAUCAAUAAUUUGCCGAAACAUUUUAGUGCGCCCAAUCUGCCGGAUUUGAAUCGUUCCCAAGUAUAUGCCGUAAAACAUGCCCUACAACGUCCGCUUAGCUUGAUCCAGGGCCCUCCAGGAACAGGAAAAACUGUUACAUCCGCCACCAUUGUUUACCAGCUGGUUCGUUUAAAUGGAGGUCCAAUACUUGUAUGUGCUCCAAGUAAUACCGCCGUAGACCAAUUAACGGAAAAAAUCCACCGCACCAAUCUGAAAGUGGUUCGUGUUUGCGCAAAGUCCCGUGAAGCAAUCGAUUCUCCGGUAAGUUUUCUUGCAUUACACAAUCAAAUUCGCAACAUGGAGCAAAACACUGAUCUAAAGAAACUCCAACAAUUGAAAGAUGAAACCGGAGAGCUGAGCUCUUCUGAUGAAAAACGUUACAGAAUGCUAAAGAAACAGGCUGAGCGCGAGUUGCUAGAAGCUGCUGAUGUUAUUUGUUGUACUUGCGUUGGCGCUGGUGAUCCACGCCUUCAGCGUAUAAAAUUUAGCUCGAUUCUAAUCGAUGAAUCAAUGCAAUCGACCGAACCUGAAUGCAUGGUUCCUGUGGUUCUCGGUGCAAAACAGCUCAUUCUGGUGGGUGACCACUGUCAACUGGGACCGGUUGUUAUGUGUAAAAAAGCAGCCAAAGCAGGAUUAUCGCAGAGUUUGUUCGAGCGCUUGGUAGUGCUUGGGAUACGUCCAUUCCGACUGGAGGUUCAGUAUCGUAUGCACCCCGAACUGUCCCAAUUUCCAUCGAAUUUCUUCUACGAAGGUAGCCUUCAAAACGGUGUUUGUGCUGAAGAACGCAAGCUCAAAGUUGAUUUUCCAUGGCCAUCGCCGGACACUCCGAUGUUUUUCCUGGUAACGCAGGGACAGGAAGAAAUUGCUGGAUCCGGAACGUCCUACUUAAAUCGAACGGAAGCAUCUAACGUAGAGAAGAUUACUACCAGAUUUUUGAAAGCUGGUGUAAAACCGGAGCAGAUCGGAAUCAUCACUCCGUACGAGGGUCAGCGUGCCUAUUUGGUUCAGUACAUGCAAUAUCAAGGGUCACUUCAUUCCAAGCUAUAUCAGGAAAUCGAAAUUGCCAGCGUCGACGCGUUCCAAGGCAGAGAAAAGGAUAUUAUUAUUAUGUCAUGCGUUCGCUCCAAUGAACACCAGGGAAUCGGUUUUCUCAAUGAUCCACGCAGGUUGAAUGUAGCUUUGACGCGGGCCAAAUACGGAAUCAUUAUAGUCGGCAAUCCAAAGGUCCUUUCCAAGCAGCAGUUAUGGAAUCAUCUAUUGAACUUUUACAAAGAUAAAAAAGUACUGGUUGAAGGAUCUUUGAAUAACCUUAAGGAAUCGAUGAUUCAAUUUACCAAACCGAAAAAGAUUGUCAACACAUUGAACCCUGGUUCACAUUUCAUGAAUACUAUUAUGUACGAUGCCAAGGAGGCCGGCUACUUCGAGAGAAACCACCACAACGCUAACUUUGGCGGAAAUUCUUUCGCAAAUCCAGGUCCAAUUGGCAGCAUGAUGAACGGUCCUAGGAAUCCUCCACUGGACAUGUUUACCCGUACACAUGAUCCAAUCAGUUAUAUCUCACCAGAGCGUGCUCAAGCAGCGAUCAACAACAUGCCAGUACCAGUCGGCAUGUUUAUGAAUAUGUCCAACGUUCCGCCACGCUUCUACCAGCAACAACAAGCGAUGCAAGCGGCCAAACAAGCACGUCGUAUCAAACCCGGAACCGGUCCAAUCGGAACAAAGCCAAAACAACGUCCCAUUGGGCCGCCAUCAAGCCAGAAUCAGCACACACCUGGACCCAUUGGGUCUGGUUCGCUUACCCAGGGAAUGUCGCAAAAUAUGUCUCAACCGGGCUUCAGUCUUUCGCAGCAACCAGAUUUCUCCCAAGAUUACUUGGCUGAAUACCGCUCGCAGGUGGACGGGCUUCUAUCGCAAGAUUCCACCUUCGGACCGAGCCAGUCUAUCGAAAAUGCUGCCGAUCGUCUGGUGUUUGAGCUGCCUCCGAAUCAGUUCUCACAGCCAUAUUGAUAAAAAGGAAUACAGGAUGAACAGGAUGGCGUGUAGCCCGGGGGUAUAUCUUUGAAGCAGAUCAAAGCAGCAGCAGCAGAAACAGCAGUCAACAGUAAUAUCGCAUCUUCGCCAAAUUACCAAUUCGCAGUUUGAACGAGAGUUAAAGUGGACGAAAAAGGAAAAGCUGAAACCCUCAUGCAAAUGGAACGCGGUGCAUUAGGAUUUUGGGAGGUAGGAAACCGUCCCUAGUGCGAAUCUACUGGUGCUUGACCCCGCGCCGUCAUCGUCGUCAAAGUCGUCUUGUCGGAAAACGGGAAAUAAGGCGGGAUGGAAUUUGGAAUAAGAGCGACUCUAACGCGACCAACAAACAAGCUGCCACUAGGAUUUUUUCCCUGGAAAUCAUAGCAGCAGCCGCAACAGCAAGAAAUUGUGCGAUCAACACAACUAUAGCUAACUAACCAUUAACUGAACAUCUCUACUGCAAUUGGACGCAAAUCUCCCAAACAACCAAUCGUCGGCUUCGCAUGGGUCCUUCUGUGACAGCGUCACUGGCAAAAUUGUUGUCCGAAUAGGCAUGAUAGCAGCAGUGAGCCGUUAAAUAGCCCAAUCGAUGAAGGAACGUUUUAUAGCUGAACUACUAGCAGCAAUGGGAGAGAUAUUCCUGCAAUGUGAGCGGUUUAGAGCAUUGUUCUCCGAAAAUUUAUUUUCAUUUUAUAUUGAAAAACUUAUUUGUUCAUUUUCUCUUCCUCGUUUUCAUGCAAUUCAUUUUGUUUUUAUUUUGGAUACAGCAAGUCUCGCGAGUAACGCGCGUAAUGGCAUGAGUACUAUACCUGGUUAGCGCGCAGAAUUGAUCAAAACGAAAUCGUUUUUAUUUUUUAUAUGACUACUUACAAAUAGUUUGGUAAACGUUAUUUCUUUAUGCAGUACCCAGAAACACUUGAAAUUAGAAAGGUAGACUAAAUUAUAUAUGAGUGGGAAAGGACCGUACCAUGCUCAAGACUACAUUGUCUAUCGUUGCAUUCAGACGUCUGUCUAUGAUCGCUAAACGGUUGCGAGUAACAUGGAACCUCUGGAUAAGAAAAGUAACCGUGGUAUUUGCGUAUCAUGGAAAUCACCAUGAAAUUUUCUCUUCCUUGGCAGCAUAGACAAGAUUCUGUACAAAACCGGCAUCACACUUGGUUGGUAAAACCGGAAAGAUGGCGAACGUAGGCUUAACAGGAGGUACCUUUUCCAACAAAAAAAAAAUAAAUAAAAUGAAAUAAAAACCAGU